GUUUUCUAUUCAAACUCCUGAGACGUGCAAUGUCCUAAGAGGUUACUGUUAGAUGGACAUUAAUUCCCACUUUUUCUCGAUCAGCUGUUCGGAGUGACCUCUUUCAUUAUUACCUUUAAAUAUAUUCCCAUGAUUCACGAGAGAGAAAGUUUCAUACAAAGGAGAUGGUUAUCCGUAUUUAUAUCAUCAUUAGUAUGGCGAUUCUCUUAUGGACAGACAGGACAUGCGCUAAGACGAUUCAAUAUUGUGUAAUGCUUGAUGCUGGAAGUUCUGGUACAACAGUUAUAGUGUAUUCAUGGCCCGAGCGCAGAACUACUUCAUCAAUAUUCAACAUUACUGAAGAAUUCUCCCAAAAAAUAAAACCAGCAUUAAGUUCAUUUGAGGAUGACUUAAAUUCAGUUCCGCAAUAUAUCCGAAAUAUAACCUCAAUUGCGGAAUCAAACAUUCCUUUCUAUGCUCAGAACAAGAGUCAUAUUUACCUCUUUGCAACUGCAGGUCUUCGAUUUUUAAAAGAAGAAAAAGCCAGGAAUUUAAUGAGCUCCGUGCGAAGUGUUUUGUCUGAUAAAAGAAACCACAAAUUCAAAUACAGCGAAAGAAGCGUCCGAAUUAUCUCUGGCGAAGAGGAAGGUGUGUUCGCUUGGAUUACUGCAAACUAUCAUAAUGGAUUUCUCGCCUCUAAUCAAUCCCUGUCCAAAGGUGUUGGUGUGCUAGAAAUGGGGGGCGGAUCCACACAAAUCACCUUUCUCCCAGACGGACCUCUCUUAGCUCACAUGUUUACACUCCGAAUAGCGGGACGAAUCUACAAUCUCUACUCACACAGUUAUCUAAAUUUUGGGAUGAAUUAUAUUCAUCGAAGGAUUGACGAGUAUCUAAUCGAACACAACCCGCGGGAGACGGAUAUUCAUAAUCCGUGUACAUUGAUAAAUGACAGUUACACAUACGACGCCGGAGACAAAACAGUAACAUUCCGGGGAUCUGGCUCUCCUACGGAAUGUUUCAGUAUUUUAUCAAAGUUUCUUAAGGAGGCUCACGACACUUGUUACCCAAAGCCAUGCGCAAUAGGUUCUAUCUAUCAACCAUCUGUGGGUUCCGACAAAUUCUACGCCAUCGCUGUUUAUGCCUACGUCACUACUGAUCUCAAUGCUACAGACUCUUCUGGAAGACUUGAUAUCGAUAAACUAAACAAAACUGCGCAUAUAUAUUGUACCAAGACCAUAGAUUAUGCAGUGUCCGUGUAUAAGAUACGUAGAGAGUUCGCCUCACGUCGGUGCAUGAUGGGGCUGUACAUUACAGAGUUACUGACCUUUUCUUAUGGAUUUCCGGUCAACACCGACAGAAUUUACUCGACAUUGAAGAUCAAAGGGAAAUCAUUAGACUGGACUUUUGGAGCAGCGCUGUAUGAGAAUGAACUAAUGGCAGAAAAUUAUCCUUGUCCUCCCAUUUCAUCCUCCAUUAGUGCAGGUGUAUCACAAGUCAAACUCAAGGUCACAAGAGACUAUUUGAACAGACAGCUAAUGGGUCAGGAAGUGAGACCCAAAUCAAAUAGAGGCAGUAGAUCUUCAACACCAGGUCUAAAACUCCCUCCAAUCUACCCCUCACUGCGCCCAAAGGGGUUCCCAGUCACCACUUCACAACAGAUUGGCUGGAAGUCUGCCAGGAAAGAAUGUCAGCUGGAAAUCUAUGGGCGCUAUGGCCCAGGGCCCAAGUCCAGGGGCCAGAAUGGAAUUCUGAAACUGUUGAAGUGGCCCCAGGAAGGCUCUCCUUAAUUUAAAUUCCAUUUCGAAUAUUUAUAAAAUUUUUAUGAAAAGAUUUUUUUGUCCAUACUUCCUGGUUUGUUUACAUGUAUUUAGAAUAUUUUAUCAAAAUAAUCAGAUUGUACAAUAAGAGGAAUGUGAUUGAAAUAGCAAUUUGUGAUAUGUAACAAUGUUAUUAAUCAUGCAAUAAAAGUUGAUCAGUCACCAGCA